CAGUGUAUGACCCACGCAAUGUUCAGGCUCCACAAGGGGGGGCUGCUGGAUAUAUGCUUUUGUGGAGAACCCCAAGGCUUCAAAGACUGAAUCUAGUUUCAGCGGACAGACCAACGGGCAAGGACACCCUAAAGCUGGGAGGAUAAAGCGCUUCUUUCCCAUGCAAACGCGCCCGGAGAAAACAAACAGACCGUAGCACUCCUGCCCGUCAUAGCCUGCUAACUUGGAGUUUCGAUUGCACCUGAGCGCCUUUUUGUUGGUAACAUCACAUCAAACGGAAAUUGCAGAUUGUUUGGAUAUAUGUGGAAGUCAUGUUUUCUGAUUUGAUUGAGAUCACCAUCUGAUGCAUUGUUUGAACUAUAUAUGGAGUAAUUUCACGGACCUAACUUGCGGAUCUUUCGCCGAACCUGGAACUUGGAAUUCAUUUAAUAUGGGCAUUUAAUCACUUCAUAUUUUUAAACGUUAUCAGACUUGAUCCAGGCGGUGAAUACACUUUAUGUUUUUCAACCCAGUGCUCCUUUAUGAAAUAAUGAAUACCGAGAACUUAUUUUAAGCAACUUGGAGGAAUUGUCCACGGUCUCUGGAAGGCGUGAGGACGCAUAUUAGAUGGAUCCCUCAACUUUUUCGAGAUGAGGCUGAGGACAUGCUUCUCUGAUGUCACCAUGAGCCGCCAUAUGGAUCAAUGAACAACAUCCUCCAUCCCUCAACCUGAAGUCUCCACAGAGGAUCCCUCUCUCUCUCUCUCUCUCUCUCUCUCUCUCUCUCUCGUUUUCCAUCCCCCUCUCUCUCUCUCUCUCCAUCAUUCUCUCUACCCCUCCCUUAGAUGCCCCUCUGAUCAGUGUCCCUGUGUGAGCACAAGUACACAAACCCCAGUGGCGGAGAACAACUCUAUGUUCCUUCCUUGUACUUGUCUGUCCCUCACACUUUCCACUAUACCCACAAUGCACCGAACACAACGGACCCAGUACUGGUUCAUGCUGGUUCUGCUGGCCGUGUUGCUCCCGCUGGAUCUGGUGCCGGUCCAGAGCGCACCCUCGGGUCCCGAGUCAGACACCUGCUCCACCCAGGUCCAGAACCGCUUCUUUGGCUUCUUCAACUCCUCGGCCAUCUUUCCCAGCACCCCUUGCUCCUGGACGCUGCAGAAUCCCGACCCGCGGCGCUACACCGUCUUCAUUAAAGUGACCAAGCCCGAGGAGGACUGCGUGCCGCGCCAGGUGCGCUCCUUCCAGUUCGACUCCUUCCUGGAGGCCACACGCACCUACCUGGGCACGGAGAGCUUCGAUGAGGUGCUGCGGCUCUGCGAUCAGUCGGCCCACGUGGCCUUCGUGGAGGCCGGCAAGCAGUACCUGCAGAUCAGGAAGAACCUGCCGCGGCCGGGCACGCGCUCCGGCGAGGGCCGGUUCAAGGUGGAGUACCUGGUGGUGGGCAAGAGGAACCCCAGCAUGGCGGCGUGCCAGAUGCUGUGCCAGUGGCUGGAGGACUGCCUCGCCUCCAGCACCUCCAGCCACCCCUGUGGCAUCAUGCAGACGCCCUGCCAGUGCUGGGACACCCCUCCGCCGGGCAAGGAGGCCGCGGCCGGCUGCUACCGCGGAGGCGUCUUCCUGGAGAACUGCAUCACGGGCGAGAAGGAGGCGGCGGCCAACGCUGAGAUCAGCGUUGGAGGCUGGAGUGGUUGGGGCCAGUGGGGAGAGUGCAGCAGUGAGUGUGGGGGCGGAGUCCAGACUCGCACACGCACCUGUCAAUCACUUGCCGAGGAGGCCUACUUCUGUGAUGGUGUUCUGGAAGAAGGACGGCCCUGCAACGCACAGCCCUGCACAGGCAAGGGGCGUGACAGCUCUCGCAGCCAAUCGCUGCGCUCCAUGGACACCCGCAAACGCAACGAGUCAGACAAGACACGUGGUGGACAGUUUCCCCAAACAGCUGCUCUGAUUGCAGUGAACGGUGUGUGGGAGGAGUGGUCGCCGUGGAGCUUGUGCUCGUCCACGUGCGGUCGGGGCGAGAGGGAGCGCACCAGGACCUGCAAGCCGCCGCAGUUUGGCGGGGAGCCGUGCACGGGGCCCGAGAAGCAGAAGAAGUUCUGCAACAUCGCCGUCUGCCCAGUGGACGGGGUGUGGAACGAGUGGUCCAGCUGGAGCUUGUGCUCGGUCACCUGCUCCAACGGCACCAAGCAGCGCAUCCGCGAGUGCAGCGGGCCCUCGUACGGAGGAUCGGAGUGCCGCGGCGAGUGGCUGGAGGGCCAGGAGUGCAACCAGGGCGAGUGCCCCAUCGACGGCGUGUGGCAGCUCUGGAGCUCCUGGGACCCCUGCACCAAGACGUGUGGUGGCGGCAGCCAGAAGAGGCAGCGCGUUUGCAAGGGGCCCUUCUUCAGGGGGAAGCAGUGCCCAGGAGACCGCGAGGAGGUGCAGCGCUGCCACGAGAAGAGGUGCCCAGAGCCCCAUGAGAUUUGUGACGAGGAGAAUUUCUCCAACGUUGUGUGGAAGAGGACGGUGUCAGGGGACACGGCGGCGAUGCGCUGCCCCCCCAACGCUAACGGGUUGAUCCUUCGACGGUGCACGCUGGAUGAUGAGGGGAACGCCUUCUGGGAGAACCCCACCUACAUGAAGUGCGUAUCCAACGACUACCGCAGCAUCCAGUCGCUGACUCGUGAACACCUGUCCAAAGCACAGAGGGGACUUGUGGGGGAUGGAGUCUCCGAAGUUAUGACCAAGCUGAAAGUGACGUCCAGCGAUGGGACAAGCUACAGUGGCGACCUGCUGGCCAUCGUGGACGUGCUGAAGAACAUGACUGAGAUCUUUAGGAGAGUCCAGUAUAGCCCCAGCAACCUGGACAUGAGGAACUUUGUCCAGUCAGUGAGUAACCUGCUAAUGGAGGAGAACAGAGACAAAUGGGAGGAAGCACAGCUGCUUGGGCCAAACAUCAAAGAGCUUUUCCGGCUGGUGGACGACUUUGUGGAUGUCAUCAGCUUCAGAAUGAAGGACUUCCAGGACACAUACGAGGUCACAGACAACCUGGUGUUGAGCAUCCACAAGCGGCCGGUGACAGGGGCCGCUGACAUCACCUUCCCCAUGAAGGGCUGGAGAGGCAUGGUGGAGUGGACGCGUAGCACCGAUGACCGUGUCACCGUCCCCAAAGACGUCCUGGCCACCGGCAAGCCAGAUGACACUUCAACAUUUGUGACUGGAAUCGUUCUGUACAGAAAUCUGGGAAGCAUUCUAUCCCUUCAGAGAAACAGCACCGUGCUGAACUCCAAGGUGGUUUCCGUGACAAUCAAGCCCACGCCAGGUCCCUUGUCGACACCUGUUGAGAUUGAGUUCUCACACCUCUACAAUAGCACCAUCAACCAGACUUGUAUUGCCUGGGAUGAGAGUGACAGCUCUUCACUGCUCGGCUCCUGGUCGACCCGAAGCUGCAGAGCCGUGCCUGUCAACUCGUUCCGUACCAAAUGCGUGUGUGACAGACUGUCCACCUUCGCCAUUUUAGCACGGCUUAAUCCCGAUAUGAACAUGGAUAAAACGCAGAUGCCGUCGGUGACGCUGAUCGUAGGAUGUGGAGUGUCCUCUCUCACUUUGCUGCUGCUCAUCAUCAUCUACGUGUCUGUGUGGAGGUACAUUCGCUCCGAGCGUUCUGUCAUCCUCAUCAACUUCUGCCUGUCAAUCAUCUCCUCCAAUGCACUGAUACUCAUUGGACAGACACAGACAAGGAACAAGGUUGUGUGUCCUCUGGUUGCUGCCUUUCUUCACUUCUUCUUCCUCUCCUCCUUCUGCUGGGUGCUGACGGAGGCAUGGCAGUCUUACAUGGCUGUGACAGGCCGCCUCAGGAACCGGAUCAUACGCAAGCGUUUCCUGUGUCUGGGCUGGGGUUUACCCGCACUAGUCGUAGCCAUCUCUGUUGGCUUCACCAAGGCAAAGGGAUACGGAACAGUCAACUACUGCUGGUUAUCUCUGGAAGGUGGUCUUCUGUACGCGUUCGUGGGCCCCGCGGCUGCAGUCGUGCUGGUUAACAUGGUUAUCGGGAUUCUCGUGUUUAACAAAUUGGUGUCCAAAGACGGCAUAACAGAUAUGAAACUGAAGGAGAGGGCGGGUCAGAUGACAGUGCCACUGUACAAUAUGACGCUCAAAUGUGCCAAGUGCGGAGUAAUCUCGUCGCCUGACGUGUCCUCCACCGCUACCAGUAACGCCAUGGCGUCACUGUGGAGCUCUUGCGUGGUUCUGCCGCUGCUGGCUCUGACGUGGAUGUCUGCCGUACUGGCUAUCACCGACCGCCGCUCGGCCCUCUUCCAGAUCCUGUUUGCUGUGUUUGACUCGCUGGAGGGUUUUGUCAUUGUGAUGGUGCACUGCAUCCUGCGCAGAGAGGUUCAGGAAGCGGUGAAGUGCAGAGUAGUGGACAGACCAGAAGACGGGAAUGCAGAUUCUGGCGGAUCAUUCCAGAAUGGUCAUGCCCAGCUCAUGACGGACUUUGAAAAGGAUGUGGACAUCGCCUGCAGAUCAGGUACGCUGAAGCGCUCCUCUCUGCAGGGUGAGGAGAAACCAUCAGCCCAACUCUCUCUGCAGAAAGGCUCCAACUUCAACACCCUGCCGGCCAGCAUGGCCAAGCAGCACCUGCAGAACGUGGCCGACUACUCCAGCCACACGCUCACCCUGCGGCGGGACAAAGGGCCCACCAUGGCCGGGGUCAGCACCGAGCUGCCCAGCGCCAAGUCCAUCUACAUCUGCGACGGCGAGCUGUUCAAGCAGCUGGAUGCGGACCUCACCCGGGCCCCCGGAGGAGACUCAGUGGGACCCGAGGGCCCGGGAUACAUGAUUAUGCCCACCAACAACAACACGGCCACCCUGAGGCCUGCCAAAGGUGGCAAGGAGGACCCAAUGAAGUACAGCCUCAACAUCGAGCAACUGCCCCAGACGCGUCUCAUCCACCUGAGCAACCCCCCUGGGGAGCCCGUGCCGGGCUUCGGCCUGAAGACGCUGCCGUCCGAGCGGAUCAGCGUGUCCUGCGUGGAGCGGGACUCGCCCAUCCGGACGACGCAGAACAUCUCGAGCGAGGCACAGGUUAACUACAUCCACGGCGAAACUGGGGACUCGGGGAACUCAGGAAUGAUGUCCAAGAGUGAGACUGUGUCCACGCUGUCCAUGAGCUCCCUGGAGAGACGGAAGUCACGCUAUGCUGAGCUGGACUUUGAGAAAAUCAUGCACACACGGAAACGCCACCAGGACAUGUUCCAGGACCUCAACAGAAAGAUCCAGCACGCAGAAAAGGACAGGGAAUCCCCUCCUGUGGACGGGAAGGCUGGGAAGAGAUGGAGCGUGUCGUCUGGAGGCAGUGACAAAACCAACAUGAGCGACAAGCAACAGACCCCAAGCAAACGGGCAUGGGAGGGCAUCAGGAAGACCCACUCGCCCCCCUCAUGGGUGCGGAAGGACCUGGAGCCCCUGCAGGCCUCCCCUCUGGAGAUGCAGGCGGUGGAGUGGGAGAAGGCCAGUGCCACCAUCCCUCUGGUGGGUCAGGAGAUCAUGGAUCUGCAGACAGAGGUGUGAGAGGGACCACUGACAGACUCCAGCUCCAGCUCCAGCUCCAGCUCCAGCUCCUCAUCCUCCUCCACAUCCUCGACCCCACCAGAGCCCUUCCUCAAUUUUACACCACAACCAGUUGGAAGGCAUGAUGUCCCGGCCGGGAUGAGGGAUGUGCUCCACUCGCAGAAAUGGAGAGAAAGGGAAGGAGUGUGUGUGUGUGUGUGUGAGUGAUAGAGAGAGAGUGUGUGAGUGUGUGUGUGAGUGAGAGAGAGAGAGUGUGUGUGAAUUCUGCCGAGAGGAUGUGUGACAUAGCAAUGACAGCAAUGGAGUCGCUCUACAUUUAUUGGUUGUUUUUUUAUGGUGAAAUCAUAGGCAGUAAUAACACUUUAUUUUCUUAUAUAAAAAAUUGAAUAAAAGGAAUGGGACAGUUCAUAAUACUUUUUUUUUUUUCAUUGUCUCAUACUCUAAUGUUACCAUGGAAACAGACACUGAUUGGCAGCAGGCUAUGGUUAAUAAUUGUGAAGAUGAGUCACGCAGCCAGAAAGGCUGUGCGUGGGGUGCAGGGCCGUAGCGCAUCCGCGGAGGCUGUUAGAUUUGGUGAAACCUCUCAAGGGUGCCCCUGAACUUCCCCAAUUAGUAAUAGAAAGAGAAUUAAGAACCCAAUCAUCCACCAGUUCUAAAAACAAGUCACUUUUUCCAAAAAAAAGUAGCAAAGCAAAUUUAUGUGACAAUCCCUUUUUUUGUCAUUAUAUUAACUGUCAUUAUCAGUGCUGUUAUUGUUAGAAUAUUUCAUUGCAGUCCUGCCAGUACGGCUGUUAUUGCCAACCUCUGACCUCUUAGGCUGUCAGGGUGUCCCUGGACACUUGUAAGGGUGCUGUAGCUGCUGCCUGUGAUAGAGGACACCAUUCCUGUUCCCUGCCUCCUCACAGUCACAUAGCUGUGCGGACAUGAAAUGCCAAACCGAGGGGGGUAGACUGCCGUAGACAGUGCCCUAGAAAAACCUCCUGUGCCAGUGUCAUGCCCCCUCCGCUUCUCUACCCAGCUCCGCUUGCUGUGGGGGAGAAUACAACCGACAUCCAUCCCCAGGUGCCCCUGUCAGACUGUCUGACCAGAGAGUCCAGAGGGACCCCUCGGCAGUCCGAUCAGUGGAAGCUACUAUGACGUCAGCACAGAUUUCAUGAGAGCCUGUUCGUAUGGAUGAUGAACUUGUGAUGCCCUUUGGUGAUGCCCAUUCAGACAGCCAAGCAGUCAGCGCAUCUCCGGAAACCACAUGAACCAACCUACUGAUUUAGGUCUCCACUUAAUAGCGGGGUCCAAUCGUAUUACUCUGGGCAGUACAGGGCCCAGCAAGUGUGGAAAUGGCUGCAUUUCUCAGAGUAUGUAAAGGGUUGUGACGGGAACUGAAACAUGAAGAUGAGCAAAUACAUGAAUUCUAACUCAUAUAAAUAUAAAUACAGUAUCUAUGUAGAAGAACUACAGAUGGUGUGUGCCUGUAGUUGGAUUGUGGGAUUGUGCACACAGGCGAAGCACAAGACUCCAUGAGAUGGGGAGGAGUCCUGUUGUACAGCAUUGUAAUUACAUUAAAAAAAAAUAAAAAAAGAGUUCUACAGAAUGAAUUUUAGCCUAUAAAUAUAUUUCUAACUGUGCUUGAGGGAACAUUGUUAUCAUUAUUAUAAUUGCCAUUAUGACGCCGCGGUCCCCUAUCUUGAUAAGUUACCGGACUUCAAGGGUAUUCUGUAACUUUAAUGUACCGGUGUGUGUUUUAAUAUCACUGACCGUCACUGACCCUCUUAAUGACCUUACCUAUCUGUCUGACUCUGUUCAACCCCCACCCCCAUCCCCGCCUCGCCCGCCCAACCCAACCCCCUCCUCAGUGUCCCUUUUUUAGUUCACUGGGAUAUCUUCUUUGUUAAUGUACAGUUUUCAGAGCACAAGAUGAAUGUGUCAUAUUUCUAAUAAAAAGUAUAUCUCUAUCA